AUGGAGAGAAUGGGCUUCCCGCGGCGGUUUGUGCAGUGGUGCGAAGGCCUUCACGCGGGUUCAACGACGAGGCUGUUGCUCAACGGAUGGUUGGGGGAGCCGGUAGCGGUCAGGAAGGGGGUGCGGCAGGGCUGUCAUCUGGCGCCGUAUCUUUUCCUCUCUGCGGUUGAGCCUCUCUGCCAGGAAGCAAAAAGAAGGAAACUUGGGAUCAGCAACCCGUACGGCGAACGACUCGGGUACCUGGGGUACGCUGACGACACCACGCUGGUGCGCAAGGGGAAAAGGCAGGUUGGACGAGCGGUGAAGCUGCUGAACGAGUUUGGAGAUCAAUCGGGGCUCCGGGUUAACAAUGACAAGUCCGCGCUGAUGCCCUUGGGGAGGAACCUGCGUAAGAAGCCAGGCAAGAAAUCAGCUUUCAAAUGGGUGCUGUCGAGCGAAGCGGAAAGGGUCCUGGGGGUGUGGGUCUCACCCUCAGGAGACGCAUCGGUAACCUGGGAAAUCACCCUGGUGAGGGCGACAUCGGAGCUGGUGAAGUGGCAGGUUCAUUACCUGACUACGUCUGGCAGGGUCGCAGUGGUCAACGGGUACAUCAACCCGAUCCUCGCUUUCCAGGCGCAGGUCUAUCCCCCUCCAACAGAGAUCUGGGCGAAGCUCGUGAAGCUGCUUCACAACUUCGUCACCGGUAACCACUCGACGGCGGGGAAACAGUUUGCGCUCUGGAGUCAGGAGCUGCUGUUCAAGGGGAGAGGAGAAGGUGGUCUUGGUGUCCGGGACCCGUGUGCUGAGCUGGGGGGCCUGGCAGCCAGGAGGAUCGCAUUGCUGGCGUCACAGCCGCUGGGGCUGCGCGCCGAUCUUGCGCUAGCAGCACUGGAUGUUUAUGAUCUUCAGGUUUUCUGGGCGCACACGGGGUUGAUAAAGCAGUGGGAAGGGAGGUGUAUGAGGUGGAAGCGGACCUGCGAGUUGUUCCUGGAGUCUAGCUUCCCCUCGUGCAUCAGCGUGUCGUCGGUUUGGGAUGUGGAACAGGAGCUGCUGCUCUUCAAUCGGAGGCUGCUUCUAAACGGGAAGACACCUGCGGGACGGCAGAAGGCGGCUAAAGGUCUAAAGCGGUAUGUCAUGAAGGACUUAAUUAAUGUCGCCGAGGACGGUUCGAGGGCUCUUAAGGGCACCCAGGAGCUCGAGCGGGAGUUCGGGGGUUCAGCAGGGGCGAAGCUGGCGAAGAGGGUUUUUGACGCUGCCCCGGAUGAGUGGAAACAGUUGCUGCUGGCGCCUGUCACGGCGCAUACGGUGCUAGCUGCCUCUAAGUUCGUGCUGAAGGCAGGGACGAGCCAGAGGAUUGCUGUGCUCGCCCAUCUGGGAUGGGAACCGUCCGGCGGAGCUGAAACAGUUGAAGGAGGGUUUCAAGCGGUGGGGCGGGAAGCCGAAGCAGCAAGCCAGGAGACCCUCGGCCGUCAGAUUGACUGGGAGAGGGUGAUCGACGUAAGGGACUCAACGGCCCUUCCGAACCGGGCGAGGGACGUGAUGCUCCGGAUCCACCGCCGUAACCUGUAUGUGAGGGAGCGGUUGCAUUUCCUCGGUACUGGUGUUGCAUGUCCGCAUUGCGGGGAGAGGGAGACGCUGGAGCACGGGCUGUUCCUCUGCCCGCGUAUCCAGCCGGUGGUUCGGGCAUUACUGAAGGCGCUUCGCAUGCUGAAUCCGCAUCGGAAGAUCGAAACGCUGGGGGACCUGGUUUUCAAGGAGGGGACAGCUUCGGGCUUUCCCGAGGCUUCGCUUACAGCGAUCGCUCUUCACCGAAUCUGGGUGGAGAGGUGUGAUGCGGUCUUUGAACGGAGCAAGUUCCGAGCCAGAAGGGCACUGCGGAGGAUCGCGGCGUCUUUCCAGCUGCACAUCAGAAUUUACAAGCGUGCCAAGGCAGCAUCCAAGAGGCUCGGUGCCACUCGUCCAGGACUGGAUGAUGACGAGUGCCGGGUCUUGAGUCACAUCCUCAACAACACAGCACAACCGGCCACGUGGUCUAAAGGGCUCAUGGCCAUCUGGUCGAAACCGAGGGCUGCUUUCCGUCCCCCUUAG